AUGUCGAGGCAGCCUAAACUGCGACCCAAAUCGCAUAUCCCAGGCUUCCCAGACGCCAUCUACAAUCUUGCUGCAGUAUCAUCUCUAUCGCAACUUGAGUCUCGCGCAGGACUGGGAGAUGACAAGCAUGACCAGCGCGUCUUUCGUGUCAAACGCAAGCAUGUGCUGAAGGCUUGCGAUCGUUGCAGAGUUAAGAAGACCAAGUGUGAUGGGAAACAGCCGUGCAAUCGUUGUUCGGCCUACAAUCAUCCGUGUCUGUUCCGGGAACGGAAGGCCACACAGACCAAAGUAUACUCUCGAGGAUUCGUUGAAAUGCUGGAAUCCCACCAUUCGCUGGUUGUCAAGGCGCUCCAAAGGCUAUACAAACUGUGCAUUGACAAGGAAGGAUUUCCCGGCGAGCCUCUCGUCGAGCUCUCGGACGGUCAGCCUCUAACUCAUGCCAUCCUGGACCGUCUCGGAUUGAUCAAACAGGCCGAAGAGAAUCCAGAGGAGCCCGAGGAGGAUACUGAAGACCUGCGGUAUUUGCGGUUCCUGUCUACCUCGACGGACUGCAGUGCUACGACGGAUCCCUCACCAGAACCGGCCACUCCUCCGGAUCCUACUCCCAGUAGUUGCAGUCCUAUCACUCCUACUUCCUCCAAGGGGCCAGAGCCUUGGAAAUGGGAGUUGCAACCUGUCCAGCCCCUUCACUCGGGACAAUAUCAUAGUUACUCUCAUCCUGGAUAUCACCAGAUGACUUUGCCCCGAACAAACCUGGAGCCACAUGGCCUCUCGAGUGAAGAUAAAUGCCCGGAAGUUGUACCUUCUAUGGCCGACCAUGGACAUCCCCUCUAUUACUAUAUGGCUGCCAGCUGUGAUGAAGGGCCCACGAAAACCCGUCUAGAAACUGGAGUGGCAGCCAGGCCAGGCUCGCACCAGCCCACAUCCGCAUCGGGAUUCCCUGUUGUCAUGAUGAAUGACUUUAACCUCCAUGUACCAGCAGAGCAGCCUGUUUACCCAUCUCUUCCAUCUGGGUGGACAUAUACAUGUGGAUAG